AUGUGGAUAAUCCCAAAAGAAAAUAGCCAGGGUCUUGCGUUUUUCAUCGUCAUCGUCAUUGUUGCAAUAUUGGCGGUAUUUGCGUUUAUGGUUCGUGUAUAUUCUCGGAGAUUACACAAAGCUUCCUUGGACUUGAGCGAUUACGCGUGCUUAUUUGGAUUGGUGAGUACUUAGCCAUUUUUCUUCACCUUCACCGCAUAUGGCUAACUGAUACCGGAUAUUGGAUAUUGAAUUGAUUGUUACAAUGUUUGGGGGUAAGUGGAAGACAAGAUAAUACAAGUACAAUCGAUUUGGCGUAUCACUGAUUCUUGAAAAGUAUAUUCUCAUGGCUAGAGAGAAGAUAUUUCUUCCUUCACAUUAGAGGAAGGAUAUUUUGCAGCAAACGUCAGUGUGCUUAUAAGCACUUAUCUUCGAUCUUAGUGACACACUAACAUCCUUAGGUUUUUAUUAUCGUUGAUAUUGUAUGGAACGCUGCAUCAGUAGCAGUUCGUGCUUCAAUGCUGUUAUUUUACAUCCGCAUCUUUGUUGUAAAACCCUUUCAGCUAGUCUGCUGGAUUAUGAUUGGAGUCAAUAUAGCAAUUCUUCUCUCUGUCAUAUUAACACAUUUUCUGAUAUGCCAGCCGUUAUCAUACAGCUUUGCUCCAGUUACACCAGGUGGUCAUUGUGGAGAUAUAGCUUCAUUUCUACUCUAUACGACAAGCACAAGCUUGAUUAAUGAUUUCAUCAUUGUGGCUCUUCCAAUGCCAGUACUAUUCAGGCUGCAGAUGGCGAAGAAGAGGAAAUUCGGGCUGACCAUAAUCUUCGGAAUGGGCAUCUUGUAAGUAAAGAAUAUAGAACAAGACCUGACAACAUGCUGACCCUUCUUUAGCAUUUGUGCAAUGACACUAGUUAGACUACUCAUAUCUCGAUACUAUCGCUUGAAUAACUACACGAAACAAGCGGCAAUUGUUGGAUUCAUCACCGCCUUAGAGCCUAUGUUUGGAGUUAUAAAUGUCUGCCUCACAUUUUUUCCAAUCGUGCUCAAGCGCAUCAGCAAUUCUGCAUUCAUCUCACAGUUUUCAAGAGCGACAUCGCCCAGUAAACAGGGGGCUGGAAAUAUCAAGCGAGGGAGUGGUAUCCGAGCCCAUUCUUCUGGUCAAUUUAGAGGUCUAGACAGCGUUAGUCUUGGUCCACUGGAGAUGCCAGUCAGUGCAUACGUGUCUGCCAAUGAUAUGAGCGAGGAAAGUGGAGCAGUCUGGGACAUCAAUUCAAGGAGUCAAAAUUCUAUAGUUGUAAGCAAAGAUGUACGUGUAGAAUGAUCAUUGUAAGCGGCAUCAGCAUUCAGCUUCUCGCUUAGUGAGAGCAAUAUACGUAGAUAAAUACCCACGUAUAUCACGAAGCUGACUUUUUACCUAGUACUGUGAUCAAUGAAUGAUUAUCGGCAGUGGCCCGUAUAUAUAUUCGAACUUGAAGAUAGCUAGUAUACGUUGGAGGCGGAGUCAUGUUGGGUUUGGAUUGCUUUAAUGUGAUUUGUUCACAACCUUCAAUAUAGAAAAAACAAUGCAUUGUCAACCAACCCAGCUCGGGUACUGUACAACUCGGGUGAUUUGCGCGUUGGAUGUUGGAUGAUGUUGGUCGUUUAUUAGGUUUCCCUAUGGAGUUUGACGAUGAGCCCAACGAGCCUUGGCUGUUGCUCUAUCUUACUUUGGAAUUUUUGUAUUUUUUGUAAUACUUUCCUUCAGCCGAGUCGAAGGUUCCAGUAUGUGUUAUACCUACAUUCCGCUUAUCUUCCGCUGAUUACCUUUCUAAAGCAAUUUUCUCUUCGGUACUCGAUCAAAAUGGAAAACAAAACCGAUGAAAACAACACCUCGCCAAACGUCUCUGCCAUAGAGGGUGGGACGGAAGCCGGCUAUCACACGGGGCUUAAAUUGGUUAUUGUUAUGGGCUCAUUACUACUCGGAACAACUUUGAUGGCCCUUGAUACUACAAUAAUUUCUGUCGCAACACCUACCAUAACAGCCGAGUAUCACACAUUGAAUGAUGUUGGCUGGUACGGCGCAGUUUACCUCAUGGCCUUAACAUCAACAACAUCUAUCAGCGCCAACUUUUACAAGUACUUCAAUCCGAAAUAUGUCUAUUUAGCAGCGAUCGCCAUUUUUGAAGGUACUGUAACAAGAACCCCGCAUAUUCUCCUUCUUCUUUCCUGAGCUGAAAUCCAUAGUUGGCUCUCUGGUUGCUGCUCUCGCUCCCUCGUCAGCAGCCUUCAUUGCUGGUAGGGCUCUCACUGGACUCGGCGCUGGCGCUCUGCUACAGGGUGCCUUUGGAAUUCUUACAUAUAUUUGCACUCUCGAGAUGAGGCCACUAUUCUUAGGCAUUGUAGUGAGCAUGUUUGGGUUGUUCUCUAGUAUUGGUCCCCUAAUUGGUGGAGUGUUGACCCAGAAGGUCACGUGGAGGUGGUGUUUCUGGAUGUAAGUCCUCAUUGCGAAAGACGAUAUGAGUGUCGCUGAUUAUUAUCGCAGAAACUUACCCAUUGGAGGUGUUGUCUUUCUCCUGGUUGUUAGCUUUCUGGAUCUCAAAGGGGUGGAUCAAUCAACACGUGCCAUUCCAUUCAGGACGAAACUCAUCAAAUUGGAUUUUCCUGGCGUUGUUUUGAUAAUUGCUUCUGUCUGUUGUCUAUUCCUGGCACUGCAAGAAGGCGGUGUUACUGUGCCCUGGAAUUCUGCGAGACCCAUUGGUCUGUUCAUUGGGUUUGGGCUUCUUUUUAUUAUUUUUGGACUAUGGCAAUGGAAGGCUGGAGAAAAAGCAACAAUUCCUUUGAGGUAUUUGAAAGACAAGACGGUGCUUUGGGGGUCCAUAUAUUUAUUCUGGGAUAAUAUGGCUUCUUAUGUGGUAUAACCCCUUCUCUUCAUCCAUUAAUCUCAAAGCUAAUGGCGAAAAUUAGACGAUUUAUUACAUUCCUUUUUAUUUCCAAGCAGCACUCGCUCAGUCCCCAAUUACAAGUGCAGUAAGCUACAUGGCCCUUUCAAUUCCACAAAUGAUUGGCUUGUUGGCAGGAGGUGGUAUCACAACUAAGACAGGACACUACGUAAGUUUUCACGAAAAGCAGAUUUCUCCAAGUUAUCAGUCCUUCUCUCGUUUGCUAAUCAAGAACCGUCCUAGAUGCCAGUAAUUCUGUUUGCCCAGGUUCUAUGUGUUAUUGGCUCAAGCCUUCUCAUAACUUUGAAGACGGACACUUCCACCGCCAAGUGGGCUACAUACUUAGUUCUCACAGGACUCAGACUUGGAUUAGGUGUCAACGUACCACACAUUGCAAUACAAGCUGUGAUUGAAACGUAAGUCGUCAUAUUUCCUGUUUUUAAAAUACCACCCAGCGCUAACCCAGUGUAAAUAAGUGGUAAUGACAUAUUCCUUGCAAAUGGCAUAGCCAGUUUCUUUGGGCAAUUUGGGGGGUAAGUAUUCCAAUCCAGCUCAUUUGUCCAUUCUAACUUUCCUCUUUUUAGCGCACUUGGGGUCCCAAUUGCUAACGCCCUCCUAAUUAAUGGUCUGCGCGACUCCAUUCCUAAGGAUACCUUCGGCGCAAUAUCCUCACAGGCUGUGAUUGACAUCGGAGCUACGGGGCUCUCUUCUUUAACCAAUGAUGAUUCCCUCAUCCAAAAGCUGAGAGAGGCCUACACUGUAGCGCUGUCCCAUACGAUGAUAUUUUUACUUGCUACAGUUUGCAUUUCGAUACCGAUCGCUUUUGGUAUGAAGUGGUUGAAUAUCAAAAACGUUUCAAUUGAGCGGGAGAAUGCUAAAGCAAAGGAACGAAGGAGAAUGGUGGAAAAUGGAGGCGAGAAAAGAGUAAGAGAACAGGAAGGAGAAGGUGUUGUAACUGUCUAG